GCACUCUCCGGCACCGGGGCGGGCCGGGCGCUCCCGGCAGGUUCCGACCCGCCCUGGGCCCGGGAUGGUGCCAGCAUGAGGAGGUGCUGCCAGGCCGUGGGGCUGCCGUGCCUGUUCAAGGGCGUGGGCGCGGCCGGCCCGCGCGCGCCGCGUUUCCUGCUGGUGUUUGACUUCGACGAGACCAUCGUGGACGAGAACAGCGACGACUCGGUGGUGCGGGGCCGGGCGCUGCCGGAGCGGCUGCGGCAGAGCCCCGCGGCCGGCGGCUACAACGAGCACAUGCGGCGCGUGCUGGCCUUCCUGGGCGAGCAGGGCGUGCGGCCCGCCGAGCUCCGCGCCGCCUACGAGCGCAUCCCGCUGGCGCCGGGCGUGGCCGAGCUCUUCCAGCUGCUCUCCAAGCACCGGGAGCUCCUGGAGCUCGUGCUCAUCUCCGACGCCAACACCUUCGGCAUCGAGGCCAAGCUGCGCGCGGCCGGCGCCCGCUCGCUCUUCCGCAAGGUCUUCAGCAACCCGGCCGGCCCGGACCGGCGCGGCGUGCUCACGCUGGGGCCCUACCACAGCCACGAGUGCCCGCGCUGCCCGGCCAACAUGUGCAAGGCCAAGAUCCUGGCCGAGUACCUGGCCGAGCGGGCGCGCGAGGGCGUCGAGUUCCAGCGCGUGCUCUACGUGGGCGACGGCGCCAACGACUUCUGCCCGGCCGGGACGCUGACGGCGGCGGACGUGGCGUUCCCCAGGAAGGGCUACCCCAUGCACAGGCUGAUCCAGGAGAGCCAGGAGAAGCAGCCCGGCGCGUUCCAGGCCGCCGUGGUGCCCUGGGAGUCGGCGGUGGAGGUGGCGCGGUACCUGCAGGAGCUGCUGCGCAAGAAGUGCUGAGCAAGGGAGGCGGCUCCGGGCCCGGCUCCGUUCCUGGGAUGUUCCUCUGCCUUUCCCGGCUCUGUUCCUGGCUCCGGGCCUGGCUCUGUUCCUGGGAUGUUCCUCUGCCUUUCCCGGUUCCAUUCCCAGCUCCGGGCCCGGCUCCGUUCCUGGGAUGUUCCUCUGCCUUUCCCGGCUCCGUUCCUGGCUCUGGGCCUGGCUCCGUUCCUGGGAUGCUCCUCUGCUUUUCCCGGGAUGUUCUCCCGCCUUUCCCAACUCCAUUCCCGGGAUGUUCUCCCUCCUUUCCCGGCUCCGUUCCCGGCUCCGGGCCUGGCUCCAUUCCCAGGAUGUUCCCCCACUUUUCCCGGCCCUAUUCCCGGCCACUGAAGCACUUUCUGCCAGCCCUGGCCCUGCCCGGCCCCUGCGCCCUUUGCCGACCUGGUGGGGAUUUCUGGUGGAGUUUUUUUUCUUCCUUCCCCUUUUGACCUCAAAAGAAUUCCUAAAUAUCCAGCAGCCACCUCCCCACGGGCUGGGCACGUCCUUGCUCCUGCCAUCCUCCCCUGGCCGUGGGCUCUGAUCCCACUGGGAAUUCCACCUGGGAAAUCCCUGAUCCCACUGGGAAUUCCACCUGGGAAAUCCCUGCUCCCUGGGCUCCUCUCCUGCUCCUGAUCCCAUUGGGAAUUCCAUCUGGGAAAUCCCUGAUCCCAUUGGGAAUUCCACCUGGGAAAUCCCUGCUCGCUGUGCUCCUGAUCCAUUGGGAAUUCCACCUGGGAAAUCCCGGAUCCUGGGGGUCCCUCCUGCCCCAGGGAGGGUCAAUCCCCCUGACCUGGGCACCCCCGAGGUUCCCCAAUCCCCCCGGGGUCACUUCUGGCACCGGGUGCCCAGAGGCCAAACCCUCCCCUCCUUCCCACCGCAGUGUUAAUUAAUUAAUUAAUCCCCCCUUCUAAUUGCACUCUUCAGGGCCACCUCCAGGGGCUGGCUCCUCCUGGAUCUAUCCCGGGUUUAUCCCGGGUUUAUCCACAGCCUUACCGGCCCCCGAGGGCGGCCCUGGCUCCCCCAGACCCGGCAGGGAUCGACCAAAGCAGCCCCGGGUUUGUUCCUCCCCCCUCGGACUGUGCGGAACUCAAAGCCAUGGAAUUAAAGACACGAAUCUGUGUGAGA